GCACGUCUCUAGGCAACAGAAUCCCAAACAGCGCGUUCACGUUCCCUCUCCGCCUGGCAGCGCGCGGGGCGCGAGUGGCCCGUGUCCGGGCAGCAACACCAGCCCCGGAGCGGCGCCGGGCUCGAGACCGGCACGAGCAUGGCGCUACCGCUCCUGCCCGGGAACUCCUUCAACCGCAGCCUAGGGAAAGAAAAGUUCCAUAAGUCUCAGCAUUGGGGUUACUGCAAUAAAAUUGCUAUGUUGGUGGCAGAAGAUAAACCUGGAAUAGGAGGUGAACCUUUGCAUGGACAAAAGCUGAAACCUAAAUAUAGUGUGUUUCCUAGAGGUGUGGGAAGUGAUGCUCCUUCAUGGGUAGCAUUUGAUAAACAGGUAUUGUCUUUUGAUGCCUAUUUUGAUGAAGAAGUGCCUGAAAAAAAUCAAGAGCUAUAUAGAAUAAGACAUUGUAAAAUAUACUUCUAUCUUGAAGAUGACACAAUUCAAGUGGUUGAACCCCAAGUCAAAAAUAGUGGAAUACCACAAGGAACUAUUGUCCGACGUCAUCGGAUUCCACUUCCGCCUCCUAACGAAGAUCAGUUUUAUACUGUAGAUUAUUUCAACAUCAAUACAGAAGUAAUCUUUUAUGCCCGAAGAUAUAAGAUUGUAGAUUGUGAUCAAUUCACAAAAUGUUUUUUGAGGAAGCUGGGAGUCAGAUUAAAUCCUCCAGCUUAUCAUCCAGAAGACCCAUACACCAGAGGCCGGCAAAAGAUAGCAGAUAGUAUGAAGCCCUUGCGCCCUUAUGAGCGCUUUGACACUCUGAAACAGUUUCUGGAGUACGAUGGACACGUUUUACGUUUUUACUGUAUGUGGGAUGAUACAGAAUCCACGUUUGGGGACCCACGAGAACUUAUUCUGCACUAUUUUUUGGCUGAUGAUACUAUUGAAAUAAAAGAAGUGAUACCAGUAAACUCAGGCCGCGAUGCUGUUCCACUUUUCCUCAAUAGGAAGAAGCUACCAAAGUAUGCUCCAGCAGGGCUGUAUCAGCCUGGUGCAAUCACAGAUCGCACAGUUCUCAAUGUGUUUGGAGGCUUAGUAGGAAAUAAAGGCCGUUACAUUCUGGACAAUCGUAAGACAGGAACUGUGCAUCAGGAAUUUUACAAAGACUCUGACCUGACAAUAGGGGCAGUGAUCAAUGUUUGGGGAAGGAGGGUAAAACUCUGUGACUGUGAUGAAUUUACUAAAGAAUAUUAUAUGACAAAGUAUGGAAUCAAGGAUUUUACCCCAAUUCCAUUCAAGGCUCCACCUCCUUCAAAAAUAGAAAAGAAGUUUCCACCGUACACUGGAUUUGGUUCUGAAGAGGAUUCUCUAUGCUCCUGCUUGAGCCUUCUUCCUCAACCUCCCCAGAAAGAUUUCAAGAAAUUCAUGGAGAAAGACAGAAAAGGCCUCGAAAGUAACCUGCUGCGCUUUCUUGCAAAAUUUAUUACUGAUAAUCCCAUUGACAAGGAUCGGCAGUUCAUUAUUUCUUAUUUUCUGAGUGAUGACACAAUUUCAGUGUUUGAGACCCCACAGCGAAAUACAGGGAUACUUGGUGGGAAGUUCCUGGAAAGAAGUCGUAUUAAGAAGCCUGGGCAGGAGCUCUUUAAGAGUGAGAUAUCUGAGUACUUCAAAGCUCAGGAUCUGUUUGUUGGAGCCAAAGUUUGUUUCCAUGGUCACAACUUUCUUUUGGUGGAUGCUGAUGAGUAUGCUUUCAACUAUAUGGAGAAGCAUGCAGAUGAGUUCCCAAUGGCCAAUAUCAGCCUCAUCCUGAACAAACUGAAGGCUAUAGGAGAACCUAGUUCCAGAGAGAUCAAGCAGAUUUUUGCAGCCACUGACCCUGACCACACCAAGGUGAUUGAAUAUAACCCUUUCCGAAAUUUGAUGGUGAAUAUCACUGGUGGAAAAUUGUCAGAACAUGAAAUUAUGACUAUUGGACGUCAUUACAGCGAGCAAAAUGAGUUUGAAAUGGACAUCAAUUUCCUUCUUGCUGUGGCUCAAGAACAGCUAAAGAAAAAUAGCGUUGAGAAUUUCGGACAACUGUCUGCUACCUUUGUAUACAAUGACCGUGAAAAAUGUGGGUUGCUGCCCCAUGAGAAAUGCAGGACUAUUUGCAAGUCCUUCAGAUUGCCAUUGGCUGAUGAUCUUCUGCGAGCUUUGCUGACCAUGUUUGAAGAUGGCAAGGAACAAGUAGAUUAUAAGAAGUUUGUCAAUGGGCUGAAUUGGAGAGAGAAUCCAGUUCCGACUUUCCAGACAAUAAAGGUUCCUAUAAAGUAUGAAGAUGACUGGAGUGGGCAGCCACCAUCCCUUCCAGUGAAAAGGAUCAAAUAUUUACCCCUUAUACAGGAUGUUUUUGGCAUUGAAGAAUAAUCUGGUCUAUGCAGGUCACUUCUUUUGAAUUACUGUUGCAACUUCACCAAGCGUAUCUGGACAGAUACUGUAAACUUUCCUUAAAAAAUAAAAGAAUCACAGAUGUAGAUUUUAUUGAAUGUAAAUGUCUUACUCCAAUGUAGAAAUAUAGUUCAUGUAGUUUUGUAAUUCUUUCAAAAUACAAAGUACUGUACUGUAAGUACAUGAGCACAAAUAAAAAUAUCCUUUAAACUGA